CUUGGAGCUGAUAUCAUUUUACAGUAGUGUUUAUCGCUGUUUAGUACAUAUUAACAGGAUAAUUAGUGCAGCAUUUAAUAAAAAGAAGCCAACAUGUCGACGACGACCCUGCCUAUCAUCGACAUGACGAAGGCGUACACUGAACGACAGAAACUCGCCAAUCAGGUGGUCCAAGGGUUGGAAAAUGAAGGAUUCUUAUUCAUUGAUAAUGUGGAUAAGCUGGAUUACGAUGGACUAUUUAAAGCUUGCAAAUGGUUUUUCGACAAAACAAUUGAUUUUAAACGGGCAGUGAUGAGAAACUUUUGGAAUCCAGCGAACAAGAAUGUUUAUAGAGGGUAUUUCCCCGUGCAAGAAGGCGAGCCAAGCCGAAAAGAAGGUUUCGAGUUUGCUAGAGACGUGCGCGACGAUGAUACCACUAUUGCGAAAAACAACUGGUUCUAUGAAAAAUCCCCCUGGCCUGAAGAAGACGGUUCAUUUCCUUUCAAAGCUUUUAUGCAGGAACACUAUGAGAUUCUGCAUAACACCGCCAUAGAAAUCCUUCGCCUCGCCGCUAUUGGGUUAGGAAUUGAUGAAAACGCGUUCGAUUCUAUCUUUGCUGAUAGGCCGUGUACGACCUUUAGAAUCAUGCACUAUCCUCCCUGGGAAGGCGAACCACCAUCAAACGCUUUAAUUGAAGAUGGGAAGGUGCUUAUUACUCCAGAACACACCGACACAAACUUCCUGACACUACUUACACGCUUCGACUACGCAGGACUAGAGAUCAAGAACAUGGACGGUCAGUGGGUUGGGGUUGAUCCGAGACCUGGAUCCCUGGUCAUGAAUAUUGGAGAUACAUUCUCUCGUAUGAUGGGCGGGAGAUUUAAGGCGACCAAGCACCGCGUUAUCGACAUCAAGGAAGAUCGUUACGCCGUACCGUUCUUUUUUACGCCCAGUUACGACGGAGAUAUCGGGAUCAACUUUAUGUCAAAAGCUACCGGUCAAGGUCCGGACCACAAGUCUGAGCGAUAUGGCCCCUGGGUUCUCAAUGUGAUCAAAUACCAGAAGAAAUAUUUCGAAUAUCGAGUUCUUCCUGACAUUGAACCUGUUGCCUAAGCGUUAUCGAUAUUUGUUUAAGUUUAAACGAAAGUGCGCUGAUACUUCUGCAUUUAAUGUAGAGAAUACAUUCUGAUUAAAAAUGACACCAAAUGAAUUAGUUAUUUUAGAAGUUUGAUGGCUGCAGUAAAAUCAACGAAGUCUGUUAUGUUUGACAUCAAUGUUUGACAUCGCUAAUGUAAUGUAGCUAACUAUGAAGAUACGUCAUCGUUUAAGGUAGCAUAUUAACAUUGUCACAGUAAACAGCAUCAUUUGCAUGAAUCUACGCGUAACACAUUGAGAAACCUUUCAAUGUGAGCAAUGAAACGCAUUGUCAAUCUAUGCGACACAAGUAAGUUAAAUUAGCAACAUAUCACUGUCACAA